UAAAAAUAUGGUUGACAUAGCACUUAAUGUAAAGAAAAGGACUAAACAGCGGUACGAGAUUAUUAAGAGGAAGGGUGGCCAUACCAAAAAAACAAAUACAACAGUCCAUUAGCAAGGAGAUCAUAAUUCCAGCAGGCAAGAUGAAGUGGGCUCUGCUGUGUGCUAAGACCAGCAAAGCUGGGAAGCAACUCGACACCAAACAAAUUUCAGAUACUGUGCUUCGCAACAGAAUGGAGCAUCUAAUUGAGAGGAUUUUUGGUGCAUACCCUGAGGAUUACGGUUUCGGCUACAAGGAGCUCCAGUAUGACUCUGUGGCCAAUACAGUGAACCAUAUUGGGGCGUUUGUUGAUAUUUUCCGUGUUUUGAGUCUCAACAAGGCAGUGAAGACGAUUUUACUCUUCCCAAUGAGGAUGUCUAUUGCACCAGGUUUUACUAUGCUCAACAAGACCAUUAUUGCAUGGUGUAUUCUAUCCAUCACAAAGAGCCGACUCAAAGCACUGCACAAGGAGAAUAUUUGCCUAGGUAUUGAGGUUCCAGAGAUUCCACAUCUGAAAGAUCCCAAAGGCAAAUCACCAGAAUAAAUUUGGUCACUCUUUUAUGAUAUUUCAUGUUAACCGUUUUUGCUCGAUUUUAAAAUGGACAAAAAACCACACAGUUUUGGUGGGAUCAUUCAUGCUGAUGGCAUUGCAAUUAUCGUGUUGCUAGACUCGCCUGCCAACACACAGAAGAAGAGUAUCUAGGCAGAGAGGAUUUCACGGUCUAAAAAAGGAUCUGGCAACAACAACAACAACAGUAGUGACAAUUACGACUGCAAUGGCAACAGCAAUGAUGGCAAACCUGUCAAUAGUGUGCCCUACAGUGAGAAAGCUCCCGAGCACAUUGAUAAUUUGUCAAAAAUGACAUUCAUGAUAUUUUUGACAAAUCAAUGCCCUGUGAUACCAGUCGACAGGAUAUGCUCUGUUGUCUGGGGUAUAACAGCAAUUACAAAAAGGGUGAGGAAG